CGAUCCUUUAAAAUUGCUAGGCUAUGAUAUCCGUAUAUGUUUUGCUGGUGCUUAUUCCUCUCAGUUUACUCAGCUGGAAGUGUUCAUACUUUAUGACUUUUUACAAUCAUAAUGCAGAGCCCAUUUCUCCUGUCCGAUUCCUCAUAGCUCUCGUGGUGCCGAUUCUCAUCUCACAAUGGAGCUUGAGAAGGCAGAGUCUGGACAUAUCUGGUGCAGUAGCAGCUUGUGUCGUUGGCUUCAUAAUGACCAUCAGUAACCUGGGCUUCUUUUCUGCGCUACUUUCAUUCUUCAUUGCGGGGUCCAAGGUUACAAAGUUCAGAGCACAACAGAAGAAAUCAAUAGAAGAGGAUUUUAAAGAAGGUGGACAGCGCAACUGGAUCCAAGUUUUCUGCAAUGGCGGGAUAGCUGCGCAGCUUGCCUUCCUGUAUCUGCUGGAAGUAGGCUGCACGGAGAAGCUGAUUGAUUUCGAACGCUACUAUAUAGCCUCAUGGCUCAGUAUUGCCGUUAUGGGGUCGCUCUGCUGUAGCUGUGGCGAUACGUUCUCAUCCGAGAUUGGAUCAGUGUUUGGAAAGUCCAAGACAGCUUGGCUCAUAACUACAUUUCAGUCUGUUCCCAAAGGAACUAAUGGUGGGAUAUCAGUUAUAGGCACACUAGCCAGUUUUGUAGGUGGGGCUGUUGUGAGCGUGGCUUUUUACCUCACACUUGUUCUUGUGGCCAAUGAGGACUACCUUACCUCGUCCCCGCCCCAGUGGCCCCUAAUAUUCGUGGGAGGAAUGUGUGGAUUGCUUGGGUCAAUAAUUGACUCAUUCCUAGGGGCAACUUUGCAAUACUCAGGUUAUGACAAAUCAAGUGGCCGAAUAGUGAAUAAGCCAGGACCAAGCGUGGAGCAUAUAUGUGGGACAGUGUUUCUUGAUAAUCACAGUGUAAACCUCGUUGCUUCCCUUUCCACUGCCUUACUGGCUCCCCGCAUUGCAUUCAUGGUGUGGACACACUUCACAUAGCUGGGAAAAGAUUGAGUUCGAAAUUCACAUAAUAAACUUUAUUGUCCUUCAUGUUGACAUCAGUGUACACCUAGUUGCUUGCCUUACCACUGCCGUACUCGCUCCAAGCAUUCCAUUCAUGGUGCAGACACACUUUACGUAGCUGGGAACUGGCAAAUUAGCAUGGCAAGAAAUUGUGUUGCUCUAAAGGUUGAGAUUGGAUUUAGUAUUCACAUUCACAUGAUGACCGUAAUUGUCCUGCGUUUUUUUUAUACUGAAUGUAAGCAUUCCCACUUAGCUUAAAUUUUCCAAGGCUCAAAGUACUUGUAUCUUUGCUGGUUCCUAGGAGUGCGAGCCAACGGGGUUCAACUGUUGUAAAGUUGCUACAUUUCAAUCCUUUUAAAUGGGUCAAAUUGAAGAAAUAAUGUAUUUGUUUAUAUUAACGAAGAUAAAAACAAUUUACUUGUUGCAUAAGGUCCCCUAAUGUUUCUGAUCUAAGUGUUGUAAAUUAAAAAAAAUUGUUUAAAAGUUCCCUUAAUCUAAAGAAAAUUUUGAGUCUCGUCAACUCUUUCUAGCACUCUGGAUAGGCAUUUCCUGUGAUGUCAGCUGUGCUGGAAACUUUCAUCUGGCACCUCUCCAUGCCAGAUGAGGCACGCACUGUGGCGUAAUACUUUUAAUUUCUUUUAUUAUAUACUUAAAGUAACUUUAUAUAACCAUAAUUAAGAGAUUUCAAUAGAUGAGUUCCAUAAACAUUAACUUUGCAAAAAUAUAUCUUUAUAACAAAACAAAAUAACCGUGAUAUCGAAGGAACUAGUGAAUACAAAUGACUGCGUCAUGACAUCAGUCAAAAUCAGGUGCCCUAGCUUGUGUCAGAUAUUUCUAUCCUGAACAAGAACACAGAAUGACAGAUAUUGUAAUUCUAAUAUAAUUAUGUUAACAGUGUUAGUACUGGGUUACAGUAUUAUAGUCUGUGACAUAUCCAUGCCUCAGUGGCCCAGUGGUUAAGACCUGGAUCAAAACAGCUGUCAAAGGAUCACAUCCUGUUGGUUAUUAUAUGUUCUCCCAUGGUUAAUAGAGAUAUGUCAGUGAGUAUUAAUUCGAUAUUUAUCACUGUUUUGAACGUAUCUCUGUUUUAAAAUCUAAGCCCAUUUUGAUGCACAGAUCAACCAUCAGUGUGCACACGGAUGAGACACAAUUUCAAUGACUUCUUUUCCAAAAUAACGUUCCUUUUGCAUACAAUUUGGUGCGCAAUUCUGAAAAACUACAAUAAAAUUUAUUUUCUUUUUUUAUUUAUGAAAAAUUGUUUUAGUGUACAUUUGCAAAAUUUUUCACCAUCGUGAACCUCAAAAGUAAAUAUUUCUUUUUAAGGUAAAUAUAGUUUUUUGUGCUCACCCCAUGAAAUAGAUUGCAUAUUACACUGAAAACAAACAAUUAUCCUCUAUCUUACAUUUUCUCUUUUAAUGUUUUUAGCUUUUUGGGUUUAUUGUACUUCUUACUUUGGUAAUUGUAAAUGUAUUACAAUUUUUCAAAAAUAGUUAAUAUAUUAUCACUUCAAUAUCACUUAUAUAUUAGCCUUUAAUUUCUUGUUCUUCAUUUCAAACACACUGCUAUAAAUAUUGUGUAACUGUUCUAUUGAUGAAUUUCAAAAUUCUUGUAACAAAUCUUCAGAAAUCUUUCAUCUAAAGACCCCAAACAGUUAGUUAUUAAUGAAAUAUGCCUUUUUAAUAAUAUAGUGGAUAAUUGUUUUAAGUGUAAGAUCAUAAUAUAAUUCACUGAGAAAAGCACCAAAAGCUGCAUUUCACAUUAGCUGUUUUCUUUUGGUAUUUACAAGGUGAAACAUAUUACAAUCUAACACUGAAGCAAACACUUUUUCUUUUUACUAUGCGCCUAAAACGGAUAUUUAUGACAAUUAAUUGUUGUUUAAGCUCAGCAAAUUGUAUGGGAACAUAAUAUUAUUUCGGAAACUAUGCCGUUGAAUUUGUGUCCCGGCUCUCACUUAAAGUAAUGUAUCUCAUGUAUGAUAAAAUAGAGAAAAAAAGAAAAUUGUCGAAAACUGACAUAAACUUGGCAUCGAUGUGUACAAUGCAUUGAGACUUACUAACUGAACUACCACAUAGUUUACAAUUUAUUUAAGUUUAGCAGUUAUUUCAUAUUUUUCCAUUAAAAAAGAUUACUGGGUAUGUCUACCAGGUAGAAUUCAUUCCUUAUGCGUGAUUUGCUGUGUUCGGUGUUAUCACGUGAUAUUACCGAGGUAGGUGUAUAGCUUAAUUAUGUCACCCGAUUAGAAUAAGCCUUUCUAGCGCAGUGAGUAAGACGCUGGCCUACAAUUUUGGCGACGUGGGUUCGAACCCGGUCUCUGACACAAUUUUCUUUUUUACAUUUGGUACUUUUUAGCUCUACUGGCCAAAAGCCAGAAGAGCUUAUGCGAUGGUAAUAUGUACGUAGUAUGUGCGUCCGCGCGGUCAUGCGUUCGUGCGUCUGUAAACAAUUGCUUGUGAACACAAUACAGUCUUCAGUUUUGAUUGUAACUCGAUGAAACUUGUACAGUAUAUAGAUAUCCAUUAGAGCUCGGUUCCUUUCAAAAACCAGCCAGAUCCGUCCAUAAAUGCCUAGAUUAUGGGCCAUGAAAGUUUUAAAGAAAUGCUUUCUAUUUUUAGCCAGGUCUGCAUAAGCGAAUUCUAUUUUUAGCCAAGUUUACAUGUACAUGUAAAUUCAACUCUAGAGUUAAGGGAGACAAUUUGCAAGUCUAGGAUUUUAAGAGACAAUUUGCUUUUUGCUUCUGCAGUUGAUUUUGUGAAUUACUCUGCCUUGUUCUUGUUGAAAGCCCAAAGGCCAUUUUUUAGCUUUAAGUUCUGUAGUUUGCACAUUCAUCUUAACAAAAUUGGUUGUGAAUGUUUAAGUUAUGCACCUGGUGUCAUUACUGGCCACACCCAGGGUUCACAGGUUUGGUAAACAUAAAUCUGGAAAGGUUUGAAAAUCUUUUUGUGUGUUCGUGCAUCCAUCUCAGCACAAUUGAUUGUGAAUGUUUGUUCAAAUGUUUGAUCGAUGUUGUCCUAGGAUGCCCUUGACUUUGACCCUUUGGCCAACUUUUUUUAACUUUUAAAACUACAAAAAAUUUUACUAUGAGUACAGUUUUGAAAGCAUUUUUUUUUAUCAGAUGACUUUUACUUGGCACAUAUUAAAAUAGUUCAUGCAACUAAUCUGCUUACAAUACUUUCUGGGCUCAGAUGUUGAACGUGCUACGUUUUCAGGUAACCCAAACACAAAACAUAAAGUAUAUGUCUGUUGGCUUUUACCCAUACAUACAUGCUCUGGAUUGAUAUGACCACAAAAGCCAUGCCAGUAGAGCAUAGGCCCUUUUGGGCCUCUUGUUUUUACAAUUAUGAUAUCAAAGCAUGACACAUUCUAUUAGAUAAUUGUCCUGAGAUUCAUAAUUGUCCUGAGAUUCGUUACAGAAAAAAACUUUUUUUGGUGCCAAUCUGUGACACAGUCCCUUUAAGUGCAUGCUGACGUUUGAUUUGAAAUUGACUAUUCUACUCGCCCCGGCGUCAGCAUCCAGUUUAAAUUAUAGUGCAAGUUUGCAUUUUCACUUAUUUAACUCCAAUACCCUCCAUUUCAUUCAUUUUAUACUUUACAAACUCUUCCUAUGUAUAAAGUUUGGUCAAGAGACCUUUCAUUUGAUUGCAUUUUGGGGCCCUGGGAGUCACUGUUAAAGUGAGUGAAAAGGACGUUUAUCCAACUAAAUAAUAAAUACAAGUUUGACAUCCUCGUAACAUAUUAUUCACGACUAGCAUAUUGGGCGUCCAAACAACCGCCAUAAGUGUAACAGCUGCCGACGCCCAAUGUUACGGUAUUAUAGACAAAGUUGUGUAUAGUUGAGUGCUCUUGUAAUUUCACUGUUAAAUCUCCAUUAACCAUCGGAAAGCAUAUGAUAAAAUGGCUUGAUUAGCUUGUUAAUUGUAAUGUUGAUUAUGAUUUCCUUUGAAAUAAAAGUAUGAACGCAACUUUGGUGCAUCUUCUUGGGAAUUCAUUCCGUUUACAUUGUUUUUAUGUGCUACAUUUUUAUGUACAUAUACAUGGACUUUGUUAUUGAUAUUAAUAACGUUAAUGCUGUAAUGAUAUUAUGAGUUACCAUUUUUUGUUUUGUUAUUGUUCUUGGCCUGGGCCGAUAAGUUUUGUUUUCGGUCACCAAGUCAGACAAGAGGGUUUUCCCAUCUGAUUUCCUCCUCGACAAAAGACCACACUCUCAUGCAACAUCAUGCCUAGGAGAGUGACUUAGCAACUGUUAUAUAAUUUUUUUAAAAUACAUGGAAAAUAAAUGGUAGUUUAAACUAUUAAAGAAAGCUCAGAAUAUCUGAUAACAAAGUAACACAUUUAGCUGCUUGAAAUUCUUCUGAAAAUGUGAUGUGUGAUACAAGAACAUGUAAAGCUACAUGUAAUAGAUAGAUAUCCUGUUACAGUGGGGUUUGAAUUGUUUUUAAACUUUUUUACUUUUACACUUGUGCUUGUAGGUGUGUUGAUUUUCACAUAAAUCACUUUUGUGUUAUUAUAAUUUUUGAAAUGCACUUUUUUAACCUGGUUUUUACAUAAUUAUUGAAACCUGGUUAUAAAAAUGAUGUAUGUCAUUGUUCGGGCAAUGUGGGCAGCUUCAAACUCACCUAUGAAACUGACUAAAUUAGUUAAGGUUGACAUAUCUUAACCAAAAUUUAUAUAAAGGAAGAGAUUAAGGAUAUCUUACAUGGGAUUUGUUUUGGACCCCUAGGGUCAAUGUCAUUGUUACUAAAAAAAGAAAACGAUUGAAACAGAAUAACUUCAGUUAGAGUAGACACAUCUUGACCAAACUUCACAUAUGGGAACAUUAUUGAUAUCUUUCAUUGGAUUGUGUUUGGGAUCCAGAGGGUCAAGGUCAGGGUCACUGUUACUAAUACAGAAAAACGGUUGACACUGAAUAACUUGAGUUAGGGUUGACAUAUCUUGACUAAACGUGGUAUUUGUGAGUUUAUGGAGACCUUUCAUGGGACUUUGUUUGGUGCCCCAAGGGUCAAAGUUAAGGUCUACAACUAAAAAUAGAAGAAAAAAAACAGUUGAAACUGAAAAAGUUAAGGUUGACAUAUCUUGUCCAAACUUCAUAAUAGGAAGAGUUUAUGGAUAUCUAUCAUGGAAUUGCAUUUGUGGCCCCUAGGGUCAAGGUCAAGGUCACUAGCUGUUACUUCAAGUCGAAAAUUGGUUAGUACUGAAUAACUUUAGUAACAUAAGAUAUAUCUUGACUUAUUAUAUUCAGGAAGAGUUUAAAGAGAUUUUUUAUGGGAUUUUGUUUGCGGCCCCUUGGGUAAAGAUCAAGAUCACUGUAACUAAAAAUAGAAAAAAAUGGUUGAAAUUGAAUAUAGUUAGUAAGGGUUGACAUAUCAUGACUACACUUUAUAUUUUGAAAGAAUUUAUUGAGACUUUUCAUGAUAUUGCAUUUGGAGCCCCUAGAGUCAAGGCCACUUAAACUAAAAAUAGAAAAAUGGUUAAAACUGAAUGACUUAAGUAAGGGUUGACAUAUCUUGACCAAACUUCAUUUAUAGGAAAAGUAUAUGGAUAUCUUUUAUUGGAUUGUUUUUGGGACCCUUAAGGUCAUUGUUACUUACAAUAGAAAAUUGGUAUGAACUGAAUUACUUAAAUGUUAUUAGACAUAUUUUGACUAAACUUGGAAUUUCGGAAAAGUUUAUGGAGACCUUUCAUGGGAUUGUGUUGUCAGCCCCUGGGGUCAAGAUCAAGAUCACUGACUGUAACUAAAAAUAGACAACAGUUGAAACUGAAUACCUCCAGUUUUCUAAGGCUUGACAAAUCAUGACUAAACUUUAUAUUUAGGAAGUUUAUGGAGACUUUUCAUGGGAUUGCGUUUAGGGCCCUUAGGGUCAAGGUCACUUAAACUAAAAAUAUAAACCGGUUAAAACUGAAUUACUGAAGAAAGGGUUGACAUAACUCAAACAAAUUUCAUUUAUAGGAAGAGAUUAUGGAUAUAUUUUAUGGGAUUGUGUUUGGAAUCCCAAGGGUCAAGGUCACUGUUACUUAUAAUAGAAUGUUGGUAAGUUCUAAAUAACUUAGGGUUGACAUAUCUUGACUUAACAUGGUAAUUAGGAAUAGUUUAUGGAGACCUUUCAUGGGAUUGCUUUUGGGGCCCCUGGGGUCAAAAUCAAGGUUACUGUUACAAAAUAUAAAAAAAUGUUUGAAACUGAACAACUUUAGUUGACAUAUCGUGACUAAACGUUGUAUUUAGGAAGAGUUUAUGGUUGUCUCAGUGGGGCUUUUCUUGUCCUUGUAUGACGAAAUAAAGUUUGGCAAAUCAUUUAGGGUGUUAAACUAAGAUACCGAAACGGCUGGAUCCCUUUACCAAAAUUAAUAUUAAUAUAUGAUCAAAUAUUGUAUUGGAAGUCCACGAUUUUGAAUAGCGCUAGAAACACUUUUCAACAAAAGGCUUAAAGGUUAAGUUAUCCUUAUAUUUGUGUACGAGUUCUUGUGGACGUGUGGUUUAGUUGUCAGUUUUCUAAUUUUUCUUGACUGUACCGGCGUGACUGUUCGUUGCAUGCCGACUUUAAAACCAAAAUAUUUGUUUGAAACUUAUGUCUAAUUUUUUCUGCAAUUUCGGUAUCAAAGAGUAAAAUAGUUAUAACUGAAGUGUUUUUAAAUGAAUUACGGGGGAAAAUGUAGUUAGGGCCAAAACAUAAGCUAAUCCCCUUAAAUGUGCACAAUAUUCAAACACGGUUAAUGUAGUGCACAGAAAAUAUCCCACUUAUACCGGCAACCUUACAAGGUUUAUAAAUGCAAUAUGACUACACCCAAAACAACAGGAUGUGGUCCAGAAUGCCUAUAUAUCAGAUUGAGAAUGCUACUUCAGAUUGAUGUUUUGUUGAUGGCUGAGUGAUGCAUAUAGUUAAUAGUUUAUACUUUGAAUUCAGUCUAAAAGUGAAUACCUGCACUCAGAGAGAAAAAAAAUCAUAAAUAUCUGAGAGAUUAAAUAUUUUUGGCUGAAACUAGAAUUUACUGGCUUCCAAGGAUGGAUUCAUUGAGAAAUAAACAGUGUAAAAUUG